GAUGGAUUCCAUCUUACAGUUUCCCCCAAUUCAAACCACAGAAGCUUAAACUCGACGGAACCAUCUCGCCGCCUUCUACUCUUCGAUUCCUUGCAAUUCGCCACGGCGUCGAUGUCUUCCUCCGUCAGGAUGAUCGACAUAGCCGUCAACUUCACAGACAGCAUGUUUAAAGGGAUCUACAAUGGCCGGCAGUGCCACGCCGCUGAUAUCCCCACCGUGUUAGCUCGUGCGUGGAGCGCCGGAGUCGAUCGGAUCAUUGGGGAUCACUUCAUGAAUCAAAGGAGGCCCUCGCUAUCGCAGAAACUGAUGAUUGGCUACCGCUCAUGUUAUGAAGGACGCCUCUAUUGUACGGUCGGUGUGCAUCCUACUAGAUGUAAGGAAUUUGAAGACAGUGGGGACCCUGACCAAUAUUUCCAGGCGCUUGUGUCUUUAGCUCGGGAGGGCAUUGAGAAAGGCAAGGUGGUGGCGAUUGGAGAAUGUGGACUGGAUUAUGACAGGCUUCACUUUUGCCCUGCUGAAGUACAGAAGAAAUACUUUGAAAGGCAAUUUGAACUGGCAGAAGCUGUAAAGUUGCCUAUGUUUUUGCAUAUGCGUGCUGCUGCUGAAGACUUCUGCGAUAUUCUUAAGCGGAACAAGGAAAGGUUCAUUGCUGGUGUUGCUCAUUCAUUUACGGGAAGUGCAGAAGAAUGCAAUAAGCUCUUGGCAUUUGAGAACCUUUUUAUUGGCAUCAAUGGCUGCUCUCUCAAGACACAUGAAAAUCUUGAUGCGUUGUGUGGUAUUCCAGUUGAGAGAAUGAUGAUAGAGACAGAUUCCCCUUACUGUGAAAUUAGAAGCACUCAUGCCGGAAUGCAGUUUGUAAAAUCAAAUUGGCCCUCUAAGAAGAAGGAGAAAUAUGAUCCUGAUUCUGCCGUGAAAGGUCGGAAUGAACCUUGUUUCGUGAGGCAAGUUCUUGAGGUGGUUGCUGGUGCCAAAGGUAUUGGGGAAAUAAACCGAUUGAGCAAAGUUUUGUACCACAACACUUGCAGGGUCUUCUUUCCGAACGACUUGGAUACCGCUGCGGAUGCUCUCCUUGAAGGUGAUCACGCUAUCAACGAAUAACUGCUAAUUUCUGAGACUUGAACUUAUUUGUAUUCCUCUUGCCACUGUUCCUCUUUCUGUACACUGUUCUAAGUUAUCUUGGAUUCGAUUGUAUGAAAAAAUUAGUGUUUUCAAACUCGGACGGACCGGUUAACCCGACUGACCUCUGUUUUCCGGUUUAACCAAUUGAAUUGGCCAGUUCGGUUGAGUUUCAUCCAAAAUAAUUAUUCACUCAUCUUUUUUUAUAUGUGAAAAAAUAGAUUGGUGAGUGUUUUGACUGU